AAUCAAAGCGUUGGUUACGUCCCCUUUCUGGAUAUGUAACCACAGAGGGAAAAGCUGCUACAGGGUAUAAACAUAGGGGAAAGUGUUAGAAAUCGUUUUUACUAUAUCAGUUAUUUAAUCUGAUUUUUUUUAAUCGUACAUUUUAAAGCAGUCCAGUUUUUCUUGCUUUUUCGACAUAUUUUUUUCCCUGUUUGGUGCGGACGUGUGGGGAUGGAUGAGAUACGGCCUAGCAGCGGAGCAGGAGCGCACCUCGGCCUCGCUUCGAUCUUUCCCCCGGGAUUGCAGGCCAUUUAUGGGCAAUGCAGGCGUCUGUAUCCCGAUCAGGCGAACCCGCUGCAAGUCACAGCCAUUGUGAAGUAUUGGUUGGGGGGUCCAGAUCCUCUGGACUACAUUAGUAUGUACAGAAACUUGGGAUGUCCUGGACAAGAUGUACCAGAACACUGGCACUAUGUUAGCCUGGGUCUAAGUGACUUGUAUGGGGACAACAGAGUUCAUGAAUUCACAGGUCAAGAGGGCCCAAGUGGUUUUGGUUUUGAGCUCACAUUUCGCUUGAAGAGAGAAGCAGGAGAGACGGCACCCCCUACCUGGCCAGCUGAGCUCAUGCAAGGCUUGGCUCGAUACGUGUUUCAAUCAGAAAACACAUUCUGUAGCGGCGAUCACAUUUCGUGGCACAGUCCGUUGGACAACAGUGAGUCUAGAAUCCAGCAUAUGCUACUCACAGAGGACCCUCAGAUGCAGCCGGUGCAGACCCCCUUUGGUCACGUCAGCUUCCUUCAGAUUGUGGGUGUUUGCACUGAGGAGCUGCAGGCAGCACAGCAGUGGAACGGUCAAGGCAUUCUGGACCUGCUGAGAGAAGUGCACAUAGCUGGGGGUCCAUGGUUAAUCACUGACAUGAGAAGAGGGGAAACUAUAUUUGAAAUUGAUCCACACUUGCAACAGGAACGAGUGGAUAAGGGCAUAGAGACGGACGGCUCUAACCUGAGUGGGGUCAGUGCCAAGUGCGCCUGGGAUGACUUGAGCCGACCUCCCGAGGAUGAGGACGACAGCAGGAGCAUUUGCAUUGGGUCACAGCCACGCAGGCUGUCCGACAAAGACACUGAACAGAUUAGAGAAGCCCUGAGGAAAGGACUGGAGAUUAACAGCAAGUCUGUCCUGCCUCCCAUCAGCAGUCAGAGGCACAGUCAUGACCGGCCACAACAAUCAGUUGGACAUUUCCAGACCCAGCAGAUAUCAAGGAGCCGUAAGGACAGUCUAGAGAGCGAGAGUUCAGCUGCUAUUGUCCCUCAUGAGUUGGUGCGAACACGACAGCUGGAAAGCGUGCAUCUGAAGUUCAACCAGGAGUCUGGGACUCUUCUCCCGCUGUGCCUCAGAGGUCGUCUGCUUCAUGGCCGGCAUUUCACAUAUAAAAGCAUUAAUGGAGACACGGCAAUCACCUUCGUAUCCACUGGGGUAGAAGGGGCCUUUGCCACUGAAGAGCAUCCAUAUGCUGCUCAUGGACCAUGGUUACAGAUAUUGCUUACUGAAGAGUUUGUAGAGCAAAUGCUUGCUGAUGUUCGGGAUUUGAGCACCCGUGAAAUGUCUAAGCUGCCGAAGGAGUACAGCUGGCCCGAUAAGAAGCUAAAGAUCUCUGUCCUGCCAGACACAGUGUUUGACAGCCCACUGCAAUAAGACUAGGAGCACACUGUCCCUGAUUACAAACCCACAUCUACAGAAAGGAGCUCAACUCUUCUUGCCAGGAUAAUGUGCCUACAGAUGGUUGAAGGAAACAGACAUUCAGACACUAACCCCUUUUCCAAGCGAGUAUCGUAGAUGAUUGCACAAGUCACAGAAUUAUUUUUUACAUGUACAGCAUUUUGUAUUGUCCGUUAUACCACUUGUCUUAGCAUAGGGUUGUGCAAAAAAUAAAAUGCGAUUUUCAUGCACAUCUCCUCAGUAAAGGCGCUCCUGUAAUUAGUAGUGUAUCUCCAGCACUGCGUUCAGGUCAGGGUUGCCAGGUUUUCACAAAAAAUCCGCCCAGUUUCUUUUCAAAACUAGUCCAAUCUCGUUUCCGGGAGGUUCCCCGAUAAAGAUUGCGUCCCGGUCUUAAAAUACAAGUUUUUUGUCAGGGUUGCCUUGAUAAAAUGUGCAUUUUAGGGGCUAAAUAUCACUUUAUUGGGAUUGGGGUCACUUUGAGCAGCAGACAUGGAAAAACAACCGCGGACUUGGCAACACUGGUUCAGGUGGAGCGGCAUUUACUACACAGAGCCGUAGUUCACGUACAAGCAAGAAUCGCCUUCGAUUUUGAAAUCGAUUUUGUGUAGAUUGUCAGUGAACACAAUCUCUGUGUGUAGUAAAUGCUAACCAAUGUUGCCAAAUCUGCAGUUGUUUUUCAUGUCCGCGGGUCGAAGCGACCCCAAUCCCAAUAACGUGAUAUUUAGCCCCUAAAAUGCAAAUUUUACCAAGGUAGCCCUGCCAAAAACUUGUAUUUUUAUCGC